GGGGGCGGGGAGAGGAAGAAGUGGGGUCGGAGGCCCCCUGCCCGGCGUGGGGGCGCCUCCCCAAGUGAGGUUGCCACUCCCCGCCACUUCCCCUUUUGCGUGUGCGCGUGCGUGUCUGUCUAUGCGCGUUCUUUGGGAAAAACAUUUCUUGCGGGGGAUUGUCAGCGCGGGUUUCCGCCCGGUAAAGGGGUUCGCACUCUUAAAACGAGCCUGUGCGCGUGGCAGACACAGUGCUUGCAAGCGUGCAGUCGGCCUCGGGGAUUCGUAUGAUUUUGUGUGGAGUAAUGGGCGGAGGAUCUACAGCCUAAUCUGCAGUUACACAUGCUGCAUUCCCUGUGGUACCGGCAUCCCCUCCCCACAAUCUCCUUUCCCAGGGCAGCUUUACCCUCUCCAUUUAUAUCUAUGGCUUCAAUUCAUCCUAAUAAGGAAAAGGACAAGGUGUACAUUCCUUUGACACAAGAUUAUGUCUAGAAUCCUGUUACAUAGAUGCAUUGUUUGAUUUGUGUUCAAGUACCAUGAAUGUUCUAUAAAUGCAUUCAUCUAUUCAUUGAUUAGGUUUGUAUCUUGCCUUUCAUUCAGGAGCUCAAGGUGGUGUAUGUAGCACUCCUUCCGCCUGUAUUUCUAUACAACCACCCUGUGAGUAGUUAUGGCUGAGAGAAUUGACUGGCGAGGUCACCCAGUGAACUUUCCAUGGCUGAGGGUUGACUUGAAACUGGGUGUCUUAUACAGAGGAUGCUAGUUUAUUUGCUCCUGUGUGCAGUCCUGCUGAUAGGAAGGAGUGAAGCUCAGCAUGAUGAUUGGAUUGAUCCAACAGACAUGCUGAAUUAUGAUGCAGCGUCAGGAACAAUGAGAAAGCCUGAUAAACAAGUGAAUCAAUAUGAUUUUGAAAAUGAGAGAGUACCAAAAGCAGAAGUGGCAGAAGAAAAUAUUGAGGAGGUUUCCAGGUGCCAAACAAAACUAGAUUCUCUAGUUCAUAAGCUUGAAGAAUAUGAAAAAAAAUAUAAAGCAAAGUUAUAUGAAAGCAACAGCAUUCAUGUUUUCAGAAGAUACUUGCAUAAGAUUUUAAAUGAAGUUGGAAGACUUGGCCUACCCGAUGUUAAUACCAGAGAUGUGCAUUAUGAUGCUGAGAUCAUCCUCACCAGACAAUCAGUUAAUGAAAUUAACAAGUUCCUUAAGGAAGAAGGCUGGAAAUCUGCUUCUCUGGAUGAAGCUGUUAACAGUAUUCUGAUUAAUUUUAGACCUCAUGAUUAUGAAGCAUGGAAAUGGAAGUUUGAGGACACAUUUGGGGUUGAUCCAUAUAAUGUCUCCAUGGUACUUUUGUGUUUAGCAUCCAUCUCAGUCAUUAUUGCAACAGAAUUAUGGACACAUAUUGGUUGGGCUACUCAACUGAAACGUCUCAUAUUCAUCAGUUUUCUCAUCAGUUUUGGAUGGAACUGGAUGUACCUAUACAAGAAAGCCUUUGCUCAGCAUCAAUCUGAAGUGGCAAAACUCGGAAAUUUUGAUAAAGUCUGUGUGGAGAAGAUUCAAUGGACAGACAGCCUUUUGGAGUGGUUUAGAACCUCAUGGACGUACCAAGAUGAUCCUUGCCAAAAGUACUAUGAAACCCUCCUGAUAAAUCCAAUUUUGGUCGUUCCUCCAACAAAGGCAUUGGCUGUUACAUUUACCAAUUUUGUAACAGAGCCACUGAAGCAUGUAGGAAAAGGAAUCGGGGAAUUUAUUAGAGCACUCAUGAAAGAAAUUCCAGUACUUCUACAGAUUCCAGUGCUAAUCAUAAUGGCAGGGGCAACUUUGAUUUUCUGCUAUGGGGCAGGAAGAUCCGUCACGGCACUAAGAGGUUUAUCGUACCAGGAAAGGCCGCAGCCUCCUGCUCUUCCCCCAAGUGGUGGAAAUCAGUUACUGCCAAUACAGCAGAGUGGGGCAGAUGGCAAGGGAGACUACUUGUCCGAAAACGCAGAUUACAUCCCAGGAGGCCCUUAUGAUAGAGGAGAUGCAUCCAGAAGAAACAGGCAAACCAGAUCUAAAGGUGAUCCUAACGAUGACAUCAUGGUUGUGCGACCCGGCAAUACAUUGGAUGUCCCAGCAGAAGAGCAUUCCAAGUUGGCAGCCAAGAACUUCUUACAGAGUGAAUUGAAUCCUAAGGCACAGAAUCAGACUAGUGAUGUAAUGGAGAAAACCAACACAGAUCCAAACCUGGAUAAAACAAACCUUGUUGAACCUAGCCAAGUGCAAAAGCAUUCAGAAGGCAAUGAAAAUGAAGCCAAACAUGGCGGCAGUGAAGACACCAAUGUGAAGCAAAAUGCUCUGGAAACCACGGAAUUUAAGAGGAAAGAGAGCAGCUCAUGUGGAUUGGAAGAAUCCAGAGAGAGGAUUGUAGAAAACUUGAGUCCUUCUGAACAGUAUCAGAGGAACACUGCUUCCUGACAGACCUCUACUUUACCAGAUAGAAGCUUUUUUAAAAAUUACUUU